AUGGCUACUGCUCGACAGAUAUUACAACAAGAAAUAUUUGAUCAAUGUGAUCAAAAACUUUUGGCCUUUGUCGGUGUUAGUAAUGAUUCAAAAAAAAAGAAAUUUGGAUACUUGUGUCUAUCGGACACCAAGGAACCUCCUUCAAAUAUUUAUAUUCAUCAGAUAAAAUUUGAUAAUAAGGUUGUGAAAAAAAAAAGAAUAUGGUCAUUGAAUGAAUUGAUUACUGUUGAUGGAAAAACUUCAUCUCAGGAUUGUUUGGAAAUAGAAUUGACAUUGGAUAAACCAUAUAAAUGGGUAGCAACUAAUAAUCAGGAGCGUAAAAUAUUUUUGAUUUCUUUAUGGAAGCAAUGUGCAAGCUAUGUUUUUGACAAAAAACCUGAAUUCAAAAAUUUGCCUCUCGACUGGACAUCUGGUGAUUUAGUUGUGCUUCCAGCUGAUCGCAAAUCAAAACUUUCUUUAGCUGUUUCACCUAUUAUUAGUGCUGAAGAUUUUCAGCCUCUAUCAGAAAAAGAAGAACAAGAUUUAGAAUUAUUAAUGAAAGAAUGUGGAUUUGCUGCCAAGGAUGCUAAAGCAUUUACAGAUAUGUUGGCCACUCAAUUAAUGGCUCUAGAUGGCGAGAAUGUACAAAGUGUUCUUGCCUCAGAACCACAAGUUGCAAAAUUAAUGGAUCAAUUAGAAACUGCUAUUCAAGAAAUUGAAAAGGUAGAAUCAGCUUUAGAUAUGUAUGAUGAAACCUUAAGACAUGUGCGAGAUACUAUUGAUAAGAUGGAUCAGAAAAAUGCUAAUAUUCAAACAGCUAAUAAAAAUAAUGAAAAAUUACUUAAUGAACUACAAAAAGUAAUUCAUCAAUUAGAACUCUCUCCAAAACAUCAAUUAGCAUUAACUGAUGCUGACUUAACUACACCAACUGGGUUACGAGAUGCUAUUGAGGCUGCAAAAGAAUUACAAGCAGUUAUGAAUGCACAAAUUCAUCCAGCUUUAGUUCGUUUAAAAGCAAUUCAGGAACAAAGAAGAAGAUUUGAAAAAUGGAAAGCAAAAUUUUCUCAGAUUCUCUCUAGACAUCUUAAUAAUUUGUUUAUUCAUAUGGGAAAUGAUAUUGGAGAAACAAAAAGAAAUUCGAACAAUGAAUUGACCAUCAUGAAACAUACUUCAUUGCAUCGUGAACUUGCUGCUUAUACAGAACUCAUGCACUGGUGUAAAGCAAUGGAUCGAAAAUCAUUUAUGGCACUUAAUAAAGUUUAUACAUCAUCUUUAUCUAAACUUUAUGAAAGAGAUAUAAAAUUGUUUUUAGAAGAUGCAAAAUUACGUAUAAAUGCUGGUCAUUUAUCUAAUUCUAAAGAAGAUAUUAGAAAGUCAACUGGCCCACCAUCAGAUUGGUUAUUAGGUGUAGAUAAAGAAUUUUGGACUCAAGAAAGUGAUACUCAAGAACGACAGAGAUUUGACCAAGUGUUGGAAGCAGUUCUCUCUGAACUUGAACCAAUUUGUUUAUCUGAACAAAAUUUUUGUGUUUCAUUUUUUCAAUUAGACAUACUCAGCCCUACUACCAAAAAUACCCAAACAACCUUGGAUGGAGUAGAUGUAAAGUCAAAUCAAGAAAUAUUACCAUCUUUACCAAAGACUAAAAUUGAAAAAAAAAUAAAUGAAGAGGUUAGAAAAAUGAUGGGUGAAAUUUUUGCUUGUAUAGAACCAGAGUUGAUUGGAUUUAUACAAUAUCAUGAAAGAAUGGAUAGCACUUAUUCAAUGGCUGUUUUAGUAAGAUUAGGUCGCCAUGUUAUGUCUGCUAAUGAUACUGGCUCCUUUUUAAGUAUGACUUAUGGUUCUGCAUUAGUUCACGUGAAAAGAAAUUAUGAUAAACUCAUGCACGCACACUUAAAGUCAAUUCAAGAUGUAAGAAUUAUUAAAAAGUCUAAAUGUGGCAUACUUCCCUUUGUUGCCAAUUUUGAGUAUUUUGCUAAAACAGCUGAACAAAUAUUUAAAGAAACUGAGCGCCGAACUGAUUUAGAUAAAUGGUAUGUUAAACUCUUAACUGUAAUGUUUGAAACUAUUCAUUCAAUUGCCAGUGAACAUCCUAAGACUCCUGCUGAAGUUAUCAGAAUGGAGAAUUUUCAUCAUUUGUAUGCAUUGCUGUCUCAAUUGAAAAUUGGUAUAUUAGAUCAAUUCAGAAAAGAUGCAAAACAAAAGUAUAGUGAAGCAUUAAGUGCUUACGUAACACGUUAUUUUGGUAGACCACUCGAAAAACUGAAUUUAUUCUUUGAAGGUGUGGAAGCUAAGGUAGCUCAAGGUAUUAAAGAAUCAGAAGUUGGUUAUCAAGUGGCUUUCAGUAAACAAGAAUUAAGGAAAGUAACUAAAGAGUAUCAUGGACGAGAGGUGAAAAAAGGCUUAGAUCAUUUGUAUAAAAAAGUAGAAAAACACCUUAGUGAAGAAGAAAAUUUACUACAAGUGGUUUGGAGAGCUAUGCAAGAAGAAUUUAUUCAACAAUAUAAAUACAUUGAAGACUUAAUUCAAAGGUGCUAUCCUGGUUCCAUGAUUUCAUUGGAAUUUUCCAUUGAAGAUCUAUUACAGUAUUUUUCAGAAAUUGCUAGAUCCCAUUAGAAUAUAAUCAAAUAUAUAAUAUAAUAUGUAUAAAUUGUUAACCCAUUA